AUGCACUGCAAACUGUGUGCAUGCAGAUCUCAGGUGUUGCCCACCAUGUAUAAAUCUCUUGGCUUGAUCAUCCUGGCAGUGGUGGCCUGCCUCUAUGCAAUACCGAUUAAGAAUGUAAACGAACAUAUUGUGAGUGGAACUGAAAGUCAAUAUUGUGAGUUUCCUCACAUGGUAUUCCUCAAUGUUUCCCUGGUUGACGGAGGAGGUAUCUGUGGUGGAACUUUGAUUAGCGAUAAACAUGUCUUGACAGCAGCCCAUUGUGUUCCAGAAGGCGUGGCGGCAAUUACUGCUCACAUAGGAUCAACCAACAAGAAAACUGCAGUAGUUCGGACACCCGUAAAGAAAUGGGUGAAGCAUCGAGAUUACAUUAGAAAGCAAGGAACUGUCGAUAAUGACAUUGCUGUCUUAGAAUUGACGACACCUGUCCCGAUCAGCGCAUGUAUCAAGCCUGUGGAUUUACCAAACAAAGGAGAUAAAUUCCACAAGAGAUGUAUAACUGCUGGAUGGGGAAAGACCGGAAAACAUGGAAUUUUCCCAAACCAAAUGAGACGAACUAAUAUUGAUAUCAUCCCAAAUGAUAAAUGCCAAAGUUAUUCUCCUGGCACCACGGUUGAACAGCAUAUCUGUGUUGGCGCCCUUUUAAGAAAUGGAACAAAUAUUUGCUACGGAGAUUCUGGCGGUGGUCUUCUCUGCACGACGACCGUUGACUACAAAUAUGUCGUUGCUGGCGUUGCCUCUUAUGGUUAUGAUUGUGAUGAAGGAUUCGCUGUCUUCACAAACACCGCCAAUUACAGAGAUUUCAUUGAUGAGAAUAUUACAGAGUAAUUGGUUCCAAACAAUGAACCAUUUUAUUAAAUAAAUAAAUCAUUUUAACAA